AGGAGUUAAGGAGAUUCCUCUAUAAAAAGCUUCCUAGUGUGGAAGGGCUUCAUGCCAUUGUGGUUUCAGACCGAGAUGGUGUUCCUGUUAUUAAAGUUGCCAAUGAAAACGCUCCGGAGUAUGCCUUGCGGCCUAGUUUCCUAUCUACGUUUGCACUGGCUACUGACCAGGGAAGUAAACUGGGACUCUCCAAAAACAAAAGUAUCAUCUGCUAUUAUAACACAUAUCAGGUAGUCCAGUUCAACAGACUGCCACUGGUUGUCAGCUUCAUAGCUAGCAGCAAUGCCAACACAGGUUUGAUACUCAGCUUAGAGAAAGAGCUUGGUCCUUUGUUUGAAGAACUGCGGCAAGUUGUGGAAAACUGA